AUGUCCACCGUCGUCGUCCCAACUGGCUAUGACCAGGACAUUCAGCCCCUCAAUCCUGACCUUAUGGCCACAAACACAAUCAACCCAGAAUCUCUCCUCACACCCUACCCAGAGAUUCUCCCAUCCCAGUCCUUUCAACCGGCGCUAGACACCAACUCUUUCAUGCCAAAGCAAGACCAGUCUGGCGUAGAUAUCGCAAACGAUGUGCAACCCAUGGCAGAGGACACUCCAACUAUGUACAUGAGCAUAGCGCCGAUGCCUGUCGACACCAUCGACCCUGUCUCCGGCCUACAGUCCUUGUCGCCUCCGUAUGCUACCGAGAUUGUCCCAGAAUCCGCUUUCCCCGCCAUCCCUCCCCCCGAUACUUCUUCACUCUCUAUGGAACUCUCAGGUGUCGCCCUCUCGACACCGUCACCUCCUGCCAUGCCAAAUGGCGCGAUGUUGGGAGCCAUGCAAGCUGGGUCUCCGACCGGUUACAGUGUAGCGACAACAUCAUCCCUUGACGCCGCCCUUAUCCCUACCGUCCCUUUGACAAGUCCCACCCGAUCAAGCCAUUCUGUAUCGCCCAUAUCAGUACCAUCGCCAUUUGGCACCGCCGUCCCCCAAUCACCGUCCGCUCCCGGUGUGCGUGCAUCACCCGAAGAGGACACGGCCGCUCUGAACGAAGAGGUCCCUAUCGUGCAGCAGAAAGGCAAAGUUGUCCACAUGAUAGAAACCAUGAUGCGGGACCUUUACGCUGCAAAGGACGUUGUUCAGCGGGCUGACGUCAACGAAAACGACCUUCGCGAUCUUUUGCAGUCAAAGAUGAACCUCAUCUCUCGCAUGGCCGCUAACCUCUCUUUGGGCACAAGUCAAGAGACGACCCCACCGCCUCCAUCCCUACCCGCCUUUGUCGAGUCGCAAAUGACUGGCAUAUCAGAGCUUCCGGUGAACGGAGGGUAUUCCAAUCAUCCUCCUACUGGCUUCGACCCAACCGCUCAUGUGCUAGUUUCUGACCAGUCACGAAAACGAACGGCGUCCGAGAUGGAUGCGGACAUCGGAAUGCUCAAGCGGGAGCCCCCAGAGGAUGCACCGUUGGUGUUACCCAACUCUGUUGACCCUUUAUCACUUCCACCUGUCUUCCCUGCUACCUCUGCCAUUCCCCUUUCGUCGCAGGUAACUCAGUCAAGGCCAGGCACGCGACCACCUACUCCUCAGUCCGCAUCUUUUUCAACAUCUCAGUCCUUUGUUUCUCCGCCAAUGUCGCCUUAUACCAUGACCGGCCCAUUAGGCAAAGCCCCUGUCUCGAUAGGUCCUCACCAGGGACCUAGCAACCCUUCCUUUGCCUCUGUGCGUCCAGGUUGGCCAGAACAGACUCCCCCAGCAGCAAGUCGUCAUCAUCAUUCCCUGUCCACUGGAUCCAUUGGCAACCCAAUGCAACUCAUGCUAUCAUCAAUGCCUUCGAUACCAAUUCAUCCCGGUCUGGCGUCGGGUCCUACUACCCCCAUCACUGUCAAUCCUCCGAUGCUCAACCGCACAUCGAGGUCUGGUUCCCUCAGCAACAUGUACGAUCCUGCAUUCAACUUUUAUAACUCGGAUAUUUCAGCGGAGCCACCCUUGAAGAAAGCUGCGCUGGGGACUAGGAGUGCUCGGAACUCGAGUGUAGGGUCAAACUGGUACUUUGGGGGAGGGGAUGUGUCUUCCCCGAGCAAUACCUCGGAGGAACCCACAACGACGCGAAAUACCCCCAGUGAUGAUGACGGCGAUCGCAGUACGAGCGAGUCUGACGAGAACGAUCAAGAAUCUCCUGCCGGAAACGGUGCUCAAUCGUCGAUCUCGGAUUCCACUCCUGUUUCAUCAGCUUCGACAGCCUCCGAUAUCCCUCAAGAGUAUCGUGCCGAGGUCGAUCGCAUUUUCUUUGAGUAUCUCAAUAAGAUAUGCUCCAAUCUUGAUGCGAAGGACGGCAAGGGUGACCAUAUUCACCAGACGUUGAUGGCAAAGAAGAUGCAGCGGCUCGAUGAAUCCCCCGAUUUCAGGCCUUUCAAAUUCCGCAUUCAGGCCUUUACCUCUGCAUUUCUCGAAGAGCUCGCUCGACAAGGUUAUCCGGAGGAUAAGAUUCCCAUGAAGAAGGUCCGCAACUAUCUCUGGCAUCAGCCUCACAUUCUACGCUUCAAUGAAGAUGGGAAGAAGGCCAAGUCGAAGGGCAACCAUAUCUGGAACGUGGAGGCGCGCAAAUUGGGAGAGUCGAGAUGGGAAUUCAGGCCAUUCCAGCGCAAGCUCGCAGGCAGUCCUCCCACCAUUGCCUAUUGUGGUCUCAAAUGGACCUGGACUCCUCGUAUCUGGGACCCGCAAGCGUCAUUUACCAAUGUGCCUGUGACAUACUCCUCACCUAACCUGCCGUCAUGGCUAUCCUGGAAGGACGACGUGUUGUCGGGCAUACCCCCAGCAGAUGCCGAGUCUUGCACUAUAACCGUUAUCGCCAAGUACAUUCUGGAUGGUGUAGAAGGACAACUUACUCGGACGCUGCCGAUUACCAUUGCUCCCGUGUCGUCGGUGGAGAACAAUGCUUAUCCUCGCUCCCGCCGGCCCUCAGUCUCUGAGGCUCCACCACGCCGAAGUACAAGCGAUUCAGCACUCUUCCAGGCGCCUCAAAGAGCCGCCAAAGUUCGCGCUGCUGCCCCCUCUGUUCCCAUUCCUGUCCCUGGCGAAUCCUCUUCCAACCGCGUUAUCCGUGUCCUUCAAACGGUCGCACAGCGUGUCAACGAAGAAGCCCAUAACCAGUUCGCUUCACCGGAAAAUCCCAAGGUUGGCCAGUUGCAAGAAAUGGCCAAGUCUAAGCAGGUCCUUGAGCAGACGGUCGAGGCCAUGGACAAGGAACUAGCGGGACAAGCUCAAAUGGAAACGAAGCGACUUGCCAUCGCUGCACAACAGGUAGUCAUCCAGGCAGCCGCCAACGUGAUCGCAGACCGCAACGUCUCUAUCGGUCGCGCACCUGUUGUGCCAAACAAGAGCACCGCUGUCCAACGCGUGUCCGUCAACGAGUUGAGCGAUGCGACCCACGAUGCAAUUGUACAAGCCGUGAAAACGAAUGGACCUGCAUCAACGGAGGUGGAUAUCAUCGUUACCGCCGCCUCCAUCCUAAAAGCGCAGGCUCCCGUAGGGGAGCCUCACCCACCCUCGACUGCCAUUACGAGGCCACCAACACUCCCUACUCCUUACCUCCAUCAAAACUUGCCACCACUUCCCGAAUAUACGUGA